AGCUAGCAAUCUACCUAACGGGUAGAUCGCUAUUACUUGCUAAGAAAAGUUAUAGCAUCGGGCCCGGUGUUCACAGAAGUACUGUGUUUGAUUCAGUCUUUUUUCUUAUAUUAUGUACCCGCGUGGCUGUGUUAAAUUAUCAGUUUUACAAGCAAUGAUGGUCGCCAGGUACAGUUAAAAACACCGAUUCUAACUCUGGAACGAGCUGAGCAACCCAUCUGAUCAAAGCUAAAUAGGUAACGUUAGCUACCUGAUGCUACUGUAGGCCACAGCUUCACAUCAUAGCCAUGACGACCACGAUAGUCCAUGACACCACAGAGGCCGUGAAGCUGUGCCCGGCACACGGCCUCUACCUGAAGCCCAUCGCCAAGAUGAUGGUGAGCGUGGCACUGCCGCAGCUGAAGCAGCCUGGCAAGUCCAUAUCCAACUGGGAGGUGAUGGAGCGGAUAAAGUCCAUGGUGCAUCCAGAGCAGUUCUCCACCCUGCGCAUCUCCAAGAGUACCAUGGAGUUUAUCCGCUUUGAGGGUGAGGUGGAGAACCGGGGCAUGGUCAAGGCAUUCUUGUCCAAGCUAGACGGUAAGAGCAUCAAGCUGAGUGGCUUCACGGACAUCCUGAAGGUGCGGGCAGCUGAAAACAAGAUGGAUUUUCCCACCCGCUAUGACUGGGACUCCUUCUUCCGCGAUGCCAAGGACAUGAAUGAGACGUUGCCUGGGGAGCGGCCCGACACCAUCCACCUCGAAGGUUUGCCCUGCAAGUGGUUUGCCCAGAAGGACGCUUCGCCCGAGCGGCCCUCCGAGGCUGUCCUCAAGACGGUGUUUGAGGGCUUCGGAAGCAUCCGGAAAGUGGACAUCCCCAUGCUGGACCCCUACCGCGAGGAGAUGAUGGACAAGAACUUCCACACUUUCACCUUCGGGGGCCACCUGAACUUCGAAGCCUACGUGCAGUACCAGGAGUACGCAGGCUUUGUGAAGGCCAUGGACACACUCAGGGGCAUGAAGCUGAUGUACAAGGCUGAGGACAGCAAGGCCGUGGCCUGCAACAUUAAGGUGGCGUUCGACACCACCAAGCACCUGAGCGACUGGGCCGUGAAAAAGAGGCAGAUGGAGAGGCAGAAGCUGCAGGAGCUGGAACGGCAGAGGGAGGAGCAGAAACGCCGGGAGAAGGAGGAAGAGGAGCGACGCAGAGAGGAAGAGAGGAAACAGAGGGAGCUGGAGGAGGAGGAGAAGGAGAGGAGGAGGGAGGAGAAGCUGAGGAAGAGAGAGCAGAAGAUAAGGGAGAGGGAGGAGAAGAGGACACAGAGGAAGGUGAAGAAGCAGCAGGCAGAGGAACAGAAGAAACUACACCUGAAGAUCGCCAUGGAGGAGAGGAAGCUUCUGCUGGCCCAGCGCAACCUGGAGUCCAUCCGCCUCAUCGCCGAGCUGCUGGGCAGGGCCAAGGCCCUGAAGCAGCAACAGCAUGAGAGGGAACAAGCAGAGCUGGCUCUGCAGCAGAAGGCGGAGCUUGCCAGGCUGCAGGAGGUGGAGGAGAGGCGGAGACUGCAGGAGGCGGAGCUCCGGCGGGUGGAGGACGAGAAGGCGAGGGCUCUAGAACUGCAGCGCAAGGAGAGGGAGCUUCGCGACAGGCUCCUGGGGAACCUCCUGAAGAAGAGCACUGUCUCCGAAGGGCCGGAGGUGGUGCUGGGGCUUGUGGGAAACCCCGCCCUCGGCGCGACCUUUGGGUCAGCGGACUGCCAGACCAAUGGCACGCAGGGGCCGGUGAACGGCCUGCCGCGCGCAGCCAGGCUGAGCCAGCACGCCCUCACCGGCGGCGACAUUGGCCGCGCUCACUCCGGGGGGCGAAGCAGCUCUCAGAAGGGUUUCCGUGACGACGGCAGCUGGGAGGGGAGGGUUGGGGGGGCCCACAGCAAAGAGCGCAGUCACGGGAGGGGGGAGCGUGGCAGCCGAGCCGGGAGAGAACGCAGCUGGAAACGCAGUCGGGAUCGCAGCAGAGAUCGAAGAGAUCGCAGUCGAGAGCGCAGUUGGGAGCGCAGCCGAGGCAGAGGGGAGCGCAGCUGGGAGUGCAGCCGAGGCAGAGGACAGCGCAGCCGGGAGCGCAGUCGCGGCAGAAGGGAGCACAGUCGGGGCAGAAGGGAGCGCAGUCGGGAGCGCAAUCGGGAGCACAGUCCGGGCAGAAGGGAUCGCAGUCGGGAGCACAGUCGGGAGCACAGUCGGGGCAGCCGGGAGCGCAGUCGGGGCAGUCGGGAGCGCAGAGGCAGAGGCAGGGGCAGGAGCUGGUCACGGUCCUCCAGCAGUGACCGGUACAGCAGGAGGAGAGGGUCCAGUCGGGACAGGAGCCACAGGUACCACCGCAGCUGCAGCCGGGACAGGCAGCGGGCCGGCCGCGACCGCCGGCACUACAGUUAACCACAACCAAGCAAACAGCCCCCGAGCCGGACUCUACCGUAGUGUUCCAGUGACCCUCCCCAUUCCCAUAAGGCCCUCUGUGCUGCCUGUGCUACCUGUACUGGUCUACUCUGUGUGCAGUAUGUCUGUUGGCCAGGCUCUGAGUGGGCCCAUAGUGAAGGACAGGUAAUCAGUGGCAGAUCUCUUCGCUUCUCAUCCCAUGCUAAAAAAUGACAGGAAACACAGAUGACAGUGUUGUUUACCAUCUCUGCUUGCUUUUUUUUGUCUUAUUAUUAAAAUAUUAGACCCAAAAUAUUUGGUUUCUCCAUUUUUCAACAAGUUCCAUCUCACAAGCUGUGAGUUUUUUGCUGUUAUAUUUAGGCCAUAAUAACUGCUUAGGACUCCUUUGUUUUUUUUUUUUAAAGUGGGACAGAAAUAUCCAUAUGGCCUGGAGAGGAAUCCUAAACCAGCAGCAGUAGAUACUUUAUUUUAAUUGUACAAUAUACAUACACGCACACUAUAAAUAGGUGGUAUAAUGCAGGAAAAGUACUGUAUAUUUUAACAUUGAUGAUUGAAUCUGUGGAGGAAAUUUGAAGUUUCUGGGCCUUAAGUGGCAUAAUUAGGUAAUAUGUAAUAGACUUGGCAUAAAAACAAAGCUGUUAGGGCUUGCUCUUGCACAUUGUGCUUGAUGAUAUCCGUUAAAUGUGUAAGAUUGCCAAAAUUUUGUUUCAGUGGUGAAGAAGACAUUCUUAAACGAUCUAAUUAUUUGAGGAACCCACAGUGACUUAAUUUAAUGUGUGUAAAACCUGUUUUUUUUCUAAAGGGAGACUUUAGAAGUGAAAGGGAAUUAGUGUUAAAUUCUCUCAUGUUUGGAGCUCUCAAUAAAAGCCUUAACAGAGACAGGGUCUGUUGAAGUAUUUCCCAAAUAAUGAGCAUGCUACCAAGUAUUUCCACCUUUACAAGUUUUGGUUUUAGUGUUGUUUUAAUUUUUUAUUACCAAAAUGCUGCUCAGCACGUAUUUGAAUAAAGUUUGAGUUGUUUGAUUUCA